AUGGAGAAAUUACAGAACCUGACAGAGAGGGUCCUCAGUUACAACCUUGGAAGCUCUGAGAUAGAAAAUUUGGGCUACAAUCGGAUCUUGCUCCAGGUCUGUGGUCAAGCUGGUCAUGGAAAAUCAUCCUUCAUCAAUUCUGUGAGAUACGCCGUGCAUGGCGGCAGGUUUGAGGCCACAGCUUCUGAGGCAUCGGCAGCUGAAAGCUACGGAGGGAAAACCCUGAUAAGAACAUCGUACCGUCUGACUGAAGUCAUCACCCUGGUGGACAAUCGAGGGUUUGGAAAAGCAGACAGCUAUGAGAAGGAGGAAAUUUACACUCAGCUUGGAAACUUGCAGCCUCUGGAUGAAGAGGUGAUUUGGGAAAGUUGUUUUGAUAAGAGGAUGAAAGCAAUAACCACGGCCAAACUUAACUCCAAAGACCUUCUACUGCCGAUAUUCAUCUACAGUGCGCAAUGUGCAAUUGAUGAAUCGACAGAAGAAAUUAAAGAAUUUCUUAAAAAUGCUCAAAAGCUUACAGGAUUUCUACCAAUCAUCAUCCUCACCAAAAGAUAUCAUGGAGAUGUCACAACUUUGGAGCAGCAUUUUAGGGGCCUCGGGAUGGAGCAAAUAUUCCCAGUGGAGAAUUACACUUCUGAGGACCACAUCAAAACCCCGAAGAAGGACAAGAUCUUCCUGUCCCCCUGAACAAGGUACUGGAUCAGGUGAACUUCCGGGACAACACGGCAUCUUCCUAUGGCACCCCGGAGGAGGAGCACCUGAAGAGGGUGCAGAUGCUGCUCGAGAUCGCACAUAAGAAUGAGACAGAGAGAGAAAAAGAAAAAAUUGAAAGCUGGAAUGGGAUAAGGAACGAAAGGAAAAAAACUUACAAAAAAAAAAAUGUGCAGAUUUUUCAUGUAA